AUGGAAGCCUCGCGAGAGGAGCGGCAGCUGAUGCGGCAGCGCGGAGCUGGGACGCGCAAAGCAAAAGAAGUUGAUUUUGGGUUCUCAUUUGGUAGUCCAGCGCUUGGAUUGUCAGCGCCCGCACCACUUGCGACUGUCCCUGAAGCUCAGAAUCCACCGCGAACACAGACCGCGCCGAAUACAACACCACGACCGUUAGAGGUAUCGCGACCAGGAUCGCAGGCCGGGGGCAUUGAGCGCACGCCGGGAAGUGCGCGCAACAAGCUCCCAGAAAGGCCCUCGACAUAUGAAAUACCUUCUUCCGAUGAUAGAGCCGAACAAACGCGAAGCAACAAGAGGAGAAAGAUCAGUUCUCCUGAUGUAACAGAGGAUACUCCUUCUCGUCGGAAUGGUGGGCGACCUGAGAAUGGAGAUGCACACCCGUUGAGAAUAGUGCAGGCAUCACCGAAUACAGAUACACCUCUACUAUCAGAAAUAACGAACAAUGAGUCCUCACAGCCUCACACCUCACCAAUUCCGGAAGCCUCAGUCCAAGAUCAACAACCGAUAGAAGAGGGGACCAACGGCGUGGAACCAACAACAUCAACAGCCGAAGAGCAACUAGCCCAAGGCACAUCUCUAGUAUCUGUUCCUGCGGCGCCUUCAGUAGCUGGAGAAUUCCAAGCGCCACUUUCAUCACCUGAAGCUUUCGAACAGCCUGAAAACACAGAACAACUACGCAAGAGACAACAUAACACUCGGUCACCACCACGGCCUGAGGAGCGAAUCCAAAUAAACAAGAACGCAGAAACCGCUUCUCCAGUUCAGACAGAUAUAUCUGCCACAAAAGCCUCAUCACCACGUGGUACCUCCGCCGAGGCUCUUGAAGCUAGCCAUGCGGCGACUACUAAUGAUGUCGAUAUGACUGAGGAUGUUCCGCCAUCCAAAGAUGAUGCAUUAGAGCAAGACAACCGGACGUUUCAAGGGCCUUCUACGAAGAAAAAGCCUCGCGGUCGCCCGCAGCAUCAACCUACCGCAAACACUACCCCGGAACUUAAUGUGGAAGCCGCUGUGCAGGAACCUGCGAGUGAGGCACAAUAUGAGCCCGCAGCAGCCCAAGUUGAGGAAGCCCCAAAGACGAAACGGCCUCGUGGGAGACCCUCGCUUAACAAGAAGGCCAUUGAAGCUAUCGAGACUGAGCAGAUUUCACCCGAGGCUACACCAAAUGUCGCGGAGUCCCCUUCGGGCCCACGUCGGGGUCACAAGCCAACGUCACAAAAUGAUGACCAGCUGGAAACUGUGGUGGAAUCGGCAGUGCCCAAGCCACGUGGCAGACCCGGGAAGAAAGCGAAACACGCAGUGGAGCCUGAACCCGAGCCUGAGCCUGUGGCAGCAGACCAAGCAGAACCAGAGACAGAAUCUGCAAUCCCCAAGCCACAGCGUGGCAGACCUGGAAAGAAAGCGAAACGUGCAGCCGAAACUGAACCGGAGCCCGAGUCUGAACCUGCGACAGCAGACCAGCCUGAACCAGAGGCAGAAUCUGUGGUACCUAAGCCUCGUGGCAGGCCCGGGAAAAAGACUAGACAUGCAACCGAACCUGAGCCCGAGCACGAGACAGAAGAUGAACCAGAACCCGAAGUAGAAUCCACAGUAUCUAAGCCCCAACGUGGUAGGCCCGGAAAGAAGGCCAAUCGUGCAAUUGAGCCUAAGCCUGAGCCUAAGCCUGUCGCAGAAGAGCAGCCGGAGUCUGAAGCGGAAUCUGCAGCACCCAAGCCACAGCGCGGCAGACCUGGCAAGAAGGCUAAGCGCGCAGUGGAUCCCGAGCCUGAACCUGAGACAGAACACCAACCCGAGCCUGAGCCUACGCAAGAACAGCCUCGUCGCAAGACUCGGGAGCCUCGUGGAGAAACAGUCCCGGUCACCGUUUACCGUCUCGCGAAUGUCAAUUCUCUAGGUGGCAAAGCAUCUACGGCCGACGGGUCUGGCGACGAAGAAGAAUCCGCCGAUGAACUCACCACCCACCAGAGGGCCAAGAUACCCAACCGGGGUGGUGUCAACCCGGCCGAUGUAUUGAGCCAGAUCUGCCGCGAGACUCUGGAGAAGACACUCAAUACACUCAAGGAUGGGAUCGCGAACGAGGCGAAUGCUACGCGACGUGCAGAGUGGUCCCGCAAGAGAAAAGCCGUUGAAGUAUUUGGCUCGGAGCUUGAGAGCCGGCUCAUGGAUCUAAGCGGGAUACUCGAUAGCAAUUUUGUGCUUGGCGUGCAAUUGAAGAAGGCCAAGCGGGAGAUGAUGGAUCUACGGAAUCAUCUAUACCGGGUCCGUCGAGAACGCGAGAACAUAGCUUUGCAGAUGGAUGCAGUGCGCAGCAGACAUAUCGAAGGGGAGAAGGCCAAAUCGUCACGAUCCGCGAUCAACAAUUCCCUCCACAGCCUUGAAUUGGCCCUCGACCGUAACAAGCAACGGUCUGCAUCUGUGGAUUCUUCUACAGAUCUUGAAUAUAUGCUUCGCACCGUUGCCGACGUGAGUUCUCGGGCCCCUGGAGCACAAGGCGGUCUCUUGAAUCAAAUCCGGGCGUUCAAUGCCCAGCUCGAAGCUACUGUUGGUCGCCUGGAGCGAUGA